AUGGCCAGCAUGGUGCUUCAGCUGCUCGGCUUCUUCCUCGGACUGGGGGGUUUUGCAGGAACUGUACUGGCAACCCUGCUCCCCCACUGGCGCAUCACGGCCUUUGUGAGCUCCAACAUCAUCACAGCCACCGCCAGCAUGAGAGGCCUGUGGAUGGAGUGUGUGUGGCACAGCACGGGCAUUUACCAGUGUGAGCUGUACAGAUCUCAGCUGGCACUCCCACCUGACCUGCAGGCCGCCCGUGCUCUCAUGGUGCUCUCCUGUGUCACCUCAGUCCUCACGUCUGUGGUCGCUGCGAUGGGGAUGAAGUGCACCCGCUUCGCUCGAGGUUCUACGAUCAAAUCUGCCCUGGCGCUUAGUGGGGGGACUGGUUUUCUCUGCGCUGGCCUCCUCUGCCUUAUCACCGUGUCCUGGACCACCAACGACGUUGUCAUGGAUUUUUACGACCCCUUCUUUCCCACUGGGAUGAGGUACGAGAUCGGACUGGCCGUGUAUCUCGGCUUCGCCUCGGCCUGCCUCAGCCUGAUGGGGGGUCUGGUGCUCUGCUGGAGCAGCAGAGACGGAGGAAGGCAGAACCCUGUUCAUCUGAGGAUGAGUCCACCAUCAUCACCUCGUCUUCCUCCUGUCUCUAACACCCCUUAUCCCCCUGCUCCUCUGUACGAACCCCCCCAGGUCCUGAAGGACAAUCAUACACCAUCACUUCUCUCCCUUUCAAGCGGCGGAUACAGACUCAAUAACUAUGUUUGAACUUGCAGAAACACUAACACAUCAACUGAAUCCACAAACCAGAA